ACGGGCGCUCGCCACCCCGAUACCGAUCCUCUCGACGCCAUAUUGCGAGCCGCCGGGGGAGGAGAAGGAGCCGGAGCCGAGGGCGAGUUCCCGGGUGGAGCCAGUACGGCAGACAGCGAGCGAGGGCUUGACGAAGUCAAUGAAAACAAGAUGGUGGACCGCUUGGCAAACAGUGAGGCAAAUGCUCGGCGCAUUGGCAUGGUGGAGAGCUGCUUCGGAGCAGCUGGGCAGCCCCUAACCAUACCAGGUCGGGUACUCAUAGGUGAGGGAGUUCUUACAAAGCUCUGUCGGAAGAAGCCGAAAGCCAGGCAGUUUUUCUUGUUCAACGACAUCCUUGUCUACGGUAAUAUUGUCAUCCAAAAGAAGAGAUAUAACAAGCAGCAUAUUAUUCCUUUGGAAAACGUUACCAUUGAUUCCAUUGAAGAUGAUGGUGAUCUGCGUAAUGGCUGGCUCAUUAAAACUCCAACCAAGUCCUUUGCUGUCUAUGCUGCCACAGCUACUGAGAAAUCGGAGUGGAUGAAUCACAUCAAUAAGUGUGUCACAGAUUUGCUGUCAAAAAGUGGAAAAGUGCCCAAUAGUGAGCACGCUGCGGUCUGGGUUCCUGAUUCUGAGGCAAAUAUAUGCAUGCGCUGUCAGAAAGUUAAAUUCACCCCGGUCAGCCGUCGACAUCACUGCCGCAAAUGUGGAUUUGUUGUGUGUGGGCCUUGUUCAGAAAAAAGAUUCCUUCUGCCCAGCCAGUCUUCCAAACCAGUGCGUGUGUGCUCUUUCUGUUUUGAUAUGCUUUCCACUGGACAACUGACUGCAACUCUCCCAAAUCGUUCCGAGUUUUACCGUGGAUCCCUUCAGUCCCCUAGAAAUCUAUCUGAUGAAGACGACGAUGAUGACAGCAGCGAUUGAAAGUGAAAUAUCGGCUUUGGUAUUUAAGUAAAACUGUUUCUGAGGUCUGUUAACUUCCCUCAAUGACUUCUGACUUUAGCCAUAAGCUAUACCUGCUAACCUUAAAAGAAAACUUGUGCCUAAAACUUCAAUAUACUAAUGAUAUUUGCUCUUCUGCAGGGAUGCAUUGCUGACCGCAAAUCAAAAUUCAUAGGCUGGUUGUAACCAUGAUCUCUCUAGUUACUUGAUUUGCUUACAGUACGUAGAGAAUAAAUACGUCAUAUUCCUCGUGGUUUGUAUUCUGUUGUAUUUUCCCUCAAGUUUGAAAUGAAAUAUUUUGUCAAUAAAAAGCCCUCAAUACUGCAAGUUUGAAAUUAAAUAUCACAUAAAUUAAAAGAAAACUUAAAUACUGCUCAAAUGAUUUCAGAGGAGUUUGAAAUUUGAUACAAUUGGAAUAGGAUGUCUAGCAGAUUUGUUAAACCAGAUAUCAUUGACUCUUGAAUUUUAAUAUUGCCCAGUUUUUACACACACAAGGAUCUGCUUAGUAGUUGUGGUGUGAUUCAUUAUACUGUGCUGCAGUGGAAAUCAGCGACUAAGCGAUGAAUGUCUUCACAUUGUGCACUUCAAAUUGAGACCCGAACAAGGGAGGUGUUUGUUGAAAAUUAUUUCUCCCUUCAAAGAAAGUCACCUGUUCCUUGUAGUUUAAAAAAAACACAUUUUAAAGAGCUCAAUUGGAAAUGGUGAGAAAAUUUACAGUCUGCUUUUUUUUUCAAGUAAUUACAAAACCAUUUCAUUAAAUGUCACUAAUUUUCAUACAAUUACUUUUGAAAAUUAAUGUUUUAAUAUUUGAUCUUCAAUGGUUAUAGAAUGUUUUUGUUGUAGUUACAUUUUAAAUUAAACUUUUACUCAAGAAACAAUUUAUAAUGUUCUAGUUCACAUUAACAAGAUUGCUUCUGUGCACUCGAUUUUUCCAGUUGCUCCUGUGCACUUGAGUUUGUUAAUUUCUUGAAGGCUUGUUAUUAUUUAGAAUGGGAGAAGGGUUAAAAAUUGACUAAACAUUGGCUCUUAGUUUGUAGAGUUUUUUCACUCCGUCAAUCUCCCUGCCGUGUUCCUUUGUUUGGCACAUCUAAUACCUUAGCUGACACUUUGAUUUAUGUUUGAGCAAAAGUGAAUUAAUGAACUGUGUUGCCUUUCUGUACUGACUAGCUGAAAAACAGGAUAGGAAAAUUGGAAAUUCACUGACUAUCUUCUGUGUUCAGGAGCAAAUGGUUUGUCACGGUCACUUUUAUAAUCACAAAUUUGAAAUACUGAAGUUUGGGUAUCAGUGUGAUCCUGGUGUGUGUGUGUGUGUCAUCCAGUUAACUGAAGUGCUCAUUGUUGGAUUAAACCUCAUUAAAUUUGAGGGCUUUUAAGAAUUUCACUUCAAACAUUGAUUUGUAAGGUUAUGGACUGAUCUUGCUUAUUAGUAAGAUUAAUCCCAAGGCAAAUAGCUAAGAGUGUUAAAUACGUGAUUGCAAGCUGCAUACGAUGAAAAUCUAAUAAAAACAAUGCUAAAAUUUGCAAUUUUAGCACCUCAGGCAGCACCUCUGAAGAAAUUUGUGCUUUGAGUUGAUAACUUUCAUUAGAACUGAUGGAAAUUACCAGGAUGGAACGUUAAUUUUCUUUCUCUGUAAAGAGAUGCCGACAGUUUUUCUGGUGUAUUGUAUUUUCUUUAGUUUUUCUGAGCAAUUUGAUAUGGUUUGUAGUUGAGUAAUUGGUCAAUCUGAAGUUGAUAGUUUCUUUAGAGAAUGUGGUUUGUCUUGACGUAACCGUAAUGCAAAAAAAAUCAGAUUUGUUGCCCACCAGUGAUGUUUUGCGUUUACUUUUAAGACAGUCUUGUGCAGAUCUGUUCUUUCACUUUUGAUUUUUGUAAACAAAUUAAUUUUUUAAAGUAGCCAAAAUCAAAUUCAUAGUGCUGUCAUAUUCAUAAUGUUUGUGUAACAUAUGAUGCAAGUUUGAUAAAUGGCUUGUUCAGUAGAAAAUAUACACUUUUUCUUCCCCAAAAAAACUAACAUAUGGUAGCUGACUUAAUGAGAGAAAACAUUUGUUACAAAAGACAAUGAUAGUGAUAGCAGAGUUCCAGUUAAUCUCCCAGUGUAGUUCCUACACAACUCUGGUUUGUGUUCAGUGACCUAGAUAUACUGAAGUCACUAUCCAUUGUGAUACUGCGGCUUUCUUUGUGGUCAUGUCAAAGAUGCACCUAAACAUGUCAUAUCUGUUCAGACCUUAUCCAUCCUCUUAUCUCUGACCAAACCAACCUCGUGAUUCACAUUUCUGACCCACUGCUAAACCACUUGUGUUUACGCCUGCUGAUUAGACCUUGGGUUGGGGUUUAUGGGUUUGGUGAUAAUUGAUUAUAUUUGUAGCUGGCUGUUGUGAGGAAAAGAAAGCGAACGGUAUACUCAAUUCUUGUGUGCUGGCACGUGCUGAAUUCUUGUUUGCUGAAAGAUGAAACCUGCCAAGUGCAAUUUUUUAUGGUUAGAAUUAAAUUCCUCUAAGUUCCUUUGCCAUUACAAAGCUGGGCAUAUUCCCCUCGUGUUUGUGUUGAGCUAAUGUGGCAUAACACUGAUUUAAUGUUUAACUACCCUGUUUUCCUUCCCUUUGUAUUUAGUCUGUAAUAAUGCAAAGAAAUUUUUUUAAAUAUUCCAACUAUUCUCUUUUGACACUGCAUCACAAGCAUUGAAUGAUCUGCCAUUCAAUUGGCUCCUUCUCUGUCUCUGUAUUUAACUAUACAAAUGUGCCUUAUUGGGCUUAAAUGGGUAUAUAUAUCGUGGCUGGACAUGAGACAAUUUAUCCGUGAAUGAGAUUGAUCCUAUUAAACUAACUCUGUCUACAUCUGUAAAAUGCAGAAAUAAUCAUACACUGAAAAUCUUUACUCAGCAUGUUCCGAUGUACCAAUAACCUGCAUUUCAAUAGUGCUUGUGAACUACAUUGCAACGUAGUUCUUGAUACCUCUGCAUUCACAGCUACCUUUAGGUGCUCAAGUCUUAAUGUGGCACAACUGCACGUCAGCUGAACUUCUAAAGAUUACAUUGGCCUGCAAUCCUGAGAAACAACUUUGUUAGUUGUUUGUGGUGGCUCAGCAAGUGAAUUCUAUGAAUCUGUAGAAAAAGUUCUUUGUAUCUUUUGUACAACUCUUAACAUGUUCCUUAUUGAUAAAAACUUGUUACUUCCAGCUACAGUCAUCUAUUGAUUAAACUUUGCAGCAAUGAAAUAUGUCCUCAAAUUGAAGUACGAAAAUCUUGAUUUCUCAAGCUAACAUUCUCAGGAAAAAUCAGUGCUCAAAGGGCACAUAUUUUAAGAUUUAUAAAAACAAAAGUGAACUUGAUUUCUAUCGUCUCUUUUGACUUCUGGCUUACAGAUUUGAUCUAGAAAUUGCUUUAAAAUUAUUUUGUCGAGCUCUCUUUUUGUACAAUAUACUUUUUCUCCCCAAGUUUGGCACUUUAUUUUUGCUGACAGCAGAUUUGUAUCUUCAGUAAAGAUCUUUUAAGUAUAAAUGUGAUGUCUUGUGUUUUGAAGUUGUUUCUUGCAUCUGUCGAAGCUGAGGUUUGCACUAUACUGCACUGAGUUGGAAGGUUUCAAUGACAUCUCUCAACUUUUUAAAUACAGUAUGAACAACUUAUUUACAGUUUAAUGAUCAAAGAACCUAUUCCUUUUUGGAUUGUAUAUGUUGGUGUGAAAUGCCUCCAGUUCCUCAUUUUCCAAGUUCCAAGUUUAGAGAUUUUACUGUGUAUUCUUGGUGAUGUCUAAACAAUAUGAAAGGGCUCAGUAUUUUGUAACAGAUAUAUAUUUUGUUACAUAAUAUAUUGUAUUGCUUAACUAAAAUUUAUUGGAUAUCAAACACUAAUACCAAAUUGUUAAAGUAGAAUGCAUAUUAAAUUGCAUCUAAAAUUGCCCAUCUUCAUACCUUUAUAGUCGUUUUUAGUGUCUCGGUACUCUAAAAUAGCAGUGUUUCCAGUUGUACAGUUAUCCCGGGACUUUUACUGUCUUUCUUAGAAUCAUUCCUUUUUUUUCUUAUUCUGCAGUGCAAGGCACUAUGUAACCUGCUCCAUCACAUUUGAGUUCUGAGAAUGAAAACUAUUUCCAUUGCAAAUUAUUGGGGACGUGGUGGUGGUGGUGGGGGAACAAAUAUACCCAUGUUGGUUAGGAAAACUGUCUUUAAAUUUGUCUUCUAAAUGGAACUAAUAAACUGAUUAUAAUA